AGGAAAACAAACCCGAGAACAAGGUUUAGAGAGGAUGAGUCUAAACGAUGCGGCGAAGACAGGGAAAAUAGCGGUGUGGUGGGACAUGAAGGAGUGUCCGGUUCCAGAGGGUAUUGAUGCUCAUCGUGUACGACCGAGUAUAGAAGGAGGGUUCAAGGAACUAGGCUACUCUGGUCCUGUCUCAAUCACAGCCUAUGGAGACCAAAAACAAACCCCUGAAUACCUCCUACGAGCUCUCUCUUCCACUGGAGUCGCUGUGGUACAUGUCAGAUCUGGAGGUUAUACGCCCUCAGCCUACAGAACUCAUAUCAGCAACGAAUAAGUGGGGAAAAAACUACGCUGCGACGCCUGAAUAUGCUACAGCUAAAAUCCAUGUGUGGUGGGACAUGUUUGACUGUCCUAUUCCCGACGGUUAUGAUGCUCGUCUGGUCCGUCCUAGUUUGGAAGGAGCUUUCAAGGAACUAGGCUACUCUGGUCCUGUCUCCAUCACUGCCUUUGGCGACCAUACACAAACCCCUAAACGCCACCUUCAAGCCCUCUCUUCCACUGGAAUCGAUGUUGCACAUGCCACUCUUGGAGUCAUAUCUUCUCGCAUCUUUGAUGAUUUGAUGGAAUGGCGAGGUCGUAUUACUACUCCGGCUACAAUGAUGAUCAUAUCGGAUGGGGUUGAAGAACUUAUUGCCAAGCUACAACAACGAAUCAAAUUCAACCUGUUUUGGGCUUAUUCUUGUAGGCCUUGGACAAUGUCAGUCGUGCUCACUUCUGCUGAGUGGCUCUGGGAUAGCUUACUUGCAGUUUCAGCGACAAAACGACAUGUUCUUCGGAACUGUAGUGCAAGUGUUGUUGAAUCUACCGGAAUGUUUUAUUGCAAACUGUGCUACACUAAGCGCACACUCCUGGAUAAAUUCAUUAAGCAUCUUUCGAGUAAAAAACAUCUCUCUCAAGAGGGGUGUAUUACUGAUCGUCGUCGACGUGCCAAGAAGCACCGACUGUUCUGGCUCAAGGAGUAUCAUUUUCCAAAGAGCAAGCGGUUGAAGAAUGCUCCUUAGUAGAGGAGUUAUGACUUAAGUUAUCAGUCUGAUCCUAUCUUUAUUUUUCGUUUUCUAGUCUGUGUUUCUGUUUGAAUUAUUUUAUUUUUCUUUUUGGACGCACCUUUUUAUUUUGUUUUGCUUGUUUAUUUCACCAAACAAUAUUGCUCUAUAUAUAUAAGUUUAAUCGUGUUA